GAAAAGCUAGAAAGCGUAGCAGUUUUGCUGCAUGUUAUUCAACUUGCAUGAACCGCUCUUUUGAAAUUUUGAUGCUGGGAGAUUAUAUCUCUUAAUAUCUGGAGACAAACAGGGAUAUAGAUCGAAGCUUGGGAAUAAAUCGCAAUGUCCCAUCGGGACGAGAGGUACAACGGUCAUCAGACCGCAGGCAGUAGUGGGAGGACCCACUACAGUACCCGGGACAGUCGAGUGGAUCGUCGGCACUGGCAGUACAACGACCGGGGCAUUUUAACACGAGACGUAGGAAUUGCAGCACCAUCACUUGCGUACAACCAGGAUUGGCUAGAUGACCCCAACGCAAGCAGACAUAAUGGAAGCUAUGAAUUGUGGGAUCGGGAGCCUAUGUACUACUAUGGUGGAGAGAGGCCGCGUUCGCGACCCAGGCAAUCGCAAAAGAGGAACGCCGGCAGACACCGGCGUCCGGCGGUCAACAACAGACGCGUCAAUGUAGUAUACAACCCCAGUAUAAGAAGGAGGGAAGACCACCGAGCCUCGAUGCGUUCGUCUUCCGACCCCCAGCGUGAUCAAGACGGGGACCCACCCGAAAAGGAGGGAGGGAUCUACAAAAGUGUCGUAGAUUUUGCAACGGAUACCACGACGGCCCAUGGCUUUCCGAACAUGUUUAAGGCGACAUCUACUAUCGGGCGAUUGAUAUGGGCCUUCAUCUUCUUCACGGCUCUCGGCGUGUUCAUCUGGCAGGCCAGUGUGUUGGUCAGAAGAUAUUUCAUGUUUCCUGUUUCUGUUGAAGUUGAGAUAAUCACCAAGGCGGAGUUGGAGUUUCCUGCUGUGACCGUUUGCAACACCAACAAGGUCAGACGUUCGGCCCUCAAACAGUCAAAGUACAAAGAGGCACUGGUCAUUGAUGAUGGAGAGACGCUGCCUUAUUACGGGCCAUGCAUUGUAGGGGACUUUGAAUGCGGCUCCAACAAUCUCUGCCUGAAACAGUUCCUGCGCUGUGACGGCAUCAAUCACUGCCGCGAUUUCAGCGAUGAAUUUGGUUGUAGUUAUGAGAAAUGUGAUUCCAACGAGUUUCAAUGCGCCAAUGGUAGUAUUUUUGGGAUCUGUAUCAGUUCGACGUUGAAAUGCGACCGCCAGCGAGACUGCUAUGACGGAGAUGAUGAAACAGACUGCCCUUGUAAGCCGACAGAGUUCCAGUGUCACAGAGGAGGAUGCAUCCCGAAGUUUUCUCGGUGUGAUGACAAAAAAGACUGCGUGGACAACAGUGACGAAGAAAACUGUGCUAUCGACGGCGAAUGCACGGGGGCCUUCCGAUGCACCAGCGACGGUUCAUGCGUACCGAUGUUUUAUGUAUGCGACAAAGAAGAUGACUGUUUAGGCGGUGAAGACGAGACACCUGAAGCAUGUGCUUCCGUUACUGCACCAACUUCUACUUCUUCGCCAUGUACGACAGAUCAGUUUGAAUGUGGGGACGGCACCUGCAUACUUAGUAAUUGGGUUUGUGACGAAGAUGUGGACUGUGUGACCACUCGAGCUGACGAGAACCCCAUGAUGUGUGGACGAGGUGACCAAACAUACGGUACGCAACGUUGCGGCGACCAGGAGUGGUUGUGUGGUAACCAGUGGCAGUGCAUCCAUAACACAGACCGCUGCGACCUGUGGCCAGACUGCUACAGUGAAGGGCAGAUCUCGGACGAUGAAUACAACUGCACGUGUACAUUGGCGAGUGCAGAACCGUCGUUAUCGCAGAAGGUUAAGUGCCUCGGAGCGGCAGGAAGGGACACUAGUAUUGGCUAUCCCACCGUAGAUAUGAGCAAAUUCCAAGGCAUGAGUUGCUACAACCAUCUUGAGGCCAACCCUACGCCCCAGCCUGUCUGGGAUUGGGAUGCGUAUGUCUGCCACGGCGAUGUUGUUUGUGCAAAUGCGGCCACUGAUUUCCCUGAGCUUUGUCAAGUCUUCCAAGAGUGCUACUUGGCUCCAAACGCCCAAGACUACCGAGGGCGGGUAGGCCACACGUCUUCUUCAACCCUGUGUCAAGACUGGAGUAACGACACCGCUGUCAAUGCGGGCUUCUCCCCGGACGUCUACCCAGAGCUGCUUGGUCCCGUCUGCCGUAAUCCUGGUGGCAUUCGCAGCUUCGCUUGGUGUUUCAGGGAAGGUGCAACCACUGCGGAUGACUGGGAGCUGUGCGACAUCGGGCCGCCGUCGGCAACUUGCCACCCUGGCGUGGACCUACCGGUCCGCCUGGCCGGCAAAGUAAAUCCCUCGGAGGGUCGGGUGGAGGUACAGCACCAAGGGGUGUGGGGAACGGUCUCUGACAGUGACUGGACCAUUGAGGAUGCCACGGUGGUCUGCAGGCAGCUGGGAUUUGAUGGGGCCUCUGGACGAAGCACCUUUGCAGCCAGCACGGGAAGCAUAUUCAUGUCACAGGUCAAGUGCACCGGUCAUGAGUCCUUCCUUGUGGAUUGUCAGUAUCACGUCGUCAUGCCGUCCGAGGGUUUGAGCCACAAUAUGGAUGUCAGCGUCACUUGUUCAGGAAUGAGGCAAAAGAGACAAGCAGAGGAGGAAGAGGUUGUUGCAACCGGCAACUGCUCACACGCUGAAUUCCAGUGCCAUAGUGGGGAGUGCAUCCCUGCCUGGCAAACGUGUAACAACUUCCCCGACUGUGAAGACGGCAGCGAUGAGUAUGUCGAUCUUGAGUGCGAGGAUCCCGAAUCUAAGUGUCCAGUUCAUGAGAAGCCAUGUCGUGGUUCCAAGCACUGUAUCCUACGCACGUUUGAAUGCGACGGAUUUAGUGACUGCUUGAGUGGUACCGAUGAACAAUUCUGUAACGACCCAAAUGAGCCCUGUCCAGAGGAUUAUUUCCAGUGUAACAACGGCAAGUGUAUCCACGUAUUCAGGGUCUGCAACACCAUCGUAGAUUGCCAGGGUGGAGAAGACGAAACUCAAAAUUGCUCUUAUAAGUCGUCUGAUGAUGGACUGUUGAAUCCUUUCCAGACCAAUGCCUGGAAGGAUCCCUUCCGACCCUUCAUCCCUGAGGACAUCCAAGAAGAAUUCUUCCUGAGUUUCCGGGAAGACUUCUACACCCCUCGCCCGUUCAGCCGCGUCGGGCGCGAGGAUCCGGCCGACUGGCAGCGCUUCGUGACCUUCAGCGAGCUGCCGGACUACAGCGAUCUGAGCGAGGUCUUGAAACUGACGGCAGAGGAGAUUUCGCAGUACGGACACCAAUUCAGUGACUUUAUUCUGCAGUGUACGUACGACGGCAUUGAUUGCACCUACGGUCAGUUCAUUCAUAUCCAGAAUGAGAAGUACGGCAACUGUUUCACGUUCAAUUAUCGAGAAGAAUCGGGAGAAGCAGUACGGAACUCUUCAAGGACGGGGGAACAGUCAGGUCUUUCACUGACCCUGUUCGUCGAGCAGGACGAGUAUUUGAGUCUCCACGGUCGAGAGGUAGGGGUCAGGGUAUCUAUCACCACGCCUGACGUCGCUCCGUUGCCCGCUAACGAAGGAAUCAACUUGUCGCCGGGUGCUGUAACUUCCAUCGGGGUCAGAUAUAAUGUAAUUAGUCGGAAGCCACAUCCGUUUGGCACUUGCCAAGUGAACACGACUACAGUUUUGGAGAUCGUGAACGGCAAGAUAGUCCAAGUCGAAACCAAUAACUACAAUCGCAAGCACUGUCUUCGGGUUUGCGUCCUUCAAAAAGUCCUUCAGAUUUGCAAUUGUUCUGACUCUAUGGAACUGGAUGGAGAAAGAUGCAAACUCCUGGAUGCGACGCAAGAUCUGUGCAAGCAGAUGGUGUACUAUCUUCACUCUCAUGGUUUUCUGAAUUGCUCUUGCGGUACCCAAUGCAUUGAUCGUCUGUACACUACAACUGUGUCCCAGUCUGCGUGGCCAUCAGACGCUUUCAGGCCACACCUUCUACGUAACAUCCACUACUUGAACCCUAAAACCAGCAAAAUCCGAUCAGAAGAACAGAUACGUAAAAACCUGGUGCGAUUGAAGAUAUUUUUUGAAGAAUUGAAUUAUCAGGAGACGCGAGAGGUGGAGGAUUACUCGGGCACCAGUCUCUUUGGUGACAUCGGUGGCACCAUUGGGUUGUACAUCGGCUUCUCCAUCAUCACUUUCAUUGAGUUCAUCGAACUGCUCUUGUACCUCAUUCGCACAAGUUGCUGUAAAUGGACUAAAGCACGCAACAAUUAAAAUCUUGGACACAAGCAAAAUUGCCUUCGUUCUUUCUCUCCAGUAUUCCACUAAUUGCACGUAUUUCAUGUACAUGUACUUUAGUUUGACUCUUUUGCAAUGAAAUAAAACGAAAUAAAUUUGUCUUCAAUACACACACUGUAGUGAAGAGCUUAUGGUCAAUACCUUUAAUUAACAAGUUCACGAUGGGAUUAUUUUGACAAGAAUGGAACGAGGCGCGGAGUUACUUUUCACCUGACCUCAAGCCAGGCGGGUUCAAUUAAGCCAUCUCCCUCGGGCAGCACCCUCAUUAUCUGGCCUCGCUCGUCGCUGACGGAUAUUUCCAGCCUCGCUCAUUGCAUGUUAUCUGUCAUCCGUUCGGAAUACCACAAAACCUUUGUGUAUCCUGCAAAACCUUUGCUUGUAUAUAAGGUCUCCGGCGCGAACUGGUUAAAACCAGUACUUCUACUUGCAUGAAGUCUAAUUCAAUGUUUUACAAUUGAUGCAAUGAAAUAAAUAAUUUGUCAAUUUUGUAUUCAUGUUUUUGGUGAUGACAAUUGUCAAAAUCUUAGUAUUAUGGCCUCUGCUUACAUGAACUUUAAUUCAAAAUGUUCUGCAAUGAAGUGAAAGAAAGUUACUCGCCUGUCCUUUCAUUGUUAUAUGUUGACUGUCCCAGAUUAUUAACAUUAACAUUUUAUUUUAUUUUUUAUUUUAUCACCAGACAAUAAUAACAGUAAACGUUUUCAGUACUAAACCCCUGUUUUUAGAGUUGGGGACUUUUAAAGACUAUGCUGCUAAGAUAUUCAUUAAUCAAUUGUUGAUUUUUAGUUACAUAUACAAUUGAAAGUAUGUAAGAGAAAUACUAUGAAGAGUUGUUACUUCUUCUUCAGUGUUUUAUCAGAAAGUAGGGAAGGGUCGGCUUUACAAAAGAAUGAGAGAUAUUUUGGACUGUGAGACAAUGAGCUGCAGUUUCGAAAAUCACAGGCCCAGUUGCCAACCCAGGCUGCAUAAAGGAAUUUUUAUUGAAACUUUACCUGACAUAUUGAACUGCUGGACUAUAUCAAUUUCAACUGAACAAAAUACAGUAUUUUCCUAAUUACUUUCCUAAUAAGCUACAUUUUGUACAAGAUGAAAAAAUAGCAAAGUCUGAAUUUUUGUAAUGUUCCAAGAAAUACAAACCAUUGUUUUAAAUUGUUAGUAGAGAAAGAAAUAAAGUAGUAGAAAAUAAUUCUUUCCGUGAAAAAUUUAUAUAUCAAAAAAACCCAAAUGCACAGUGUUUCCAUUCUUGUAGAUAUUUUAGUUGGAAAUCAUGUAGACUGGUCGCAGCUGUUAACUAAAAUUAUUUUUAUGAAAUUAGUUUCAACCAAAAAAAAAGUAUUCCUGAUAAAUAAAGUUAUAUUUUCACCAUACAUCUUACACAGAGACAGCUUAGUUUGACUUGCAGCCAGAGUAAUAUAUCACCUAGCAUGAUUAAUACCAAGAAAGGAAACAUCUAGAUAUGUAUGAAAUAAUUUUAAUAUAAUGUGAGAGAUGUUGAUGUUAUCAAAACAAUCUUAUUUUACAUGUAUUCUUAUAGAAUUUAUGCCAAGUUUAUUAAGUUCAGACUGAAACUUUUCUAGCAAAGAGAAUAAAGUAUAUUUUUUUCCAAAUAGAA